GUGCACACUGAGGGCCGUGCUGUUUUGGCCUGCUGCCUUACAUGGGCAAACCUCUGAACUGACUCAGACGAGCUGGAAUUUCAGCGUGACGUCACUGCCUACAACUCUCCCAGAAUUUGGAUCAAGUAGUUUUCACUUUUUUUGGUGGGAUUUCAGCCCCUGUGUUAGGUUUCCUAGAAAGCGAGUGUCAACUGACUUCAACAUACGGCUUUCAUCGUCUUCCAGAAACACUACAGCGACGUCAAAGUGGAGAAAAAGUGUCUGAUCCUGUAGCCCCCGCCAUCACUUUGUGUCAAAUUUGGAACCAUGUGGAACCCAGCGAGUGAGCAGACAGGACAGGUGACUGCCAGGAUGGAGACCACUCCAUCUUUGGGUAGUGCGAGCAUCUCCGUCUCGCAGCAGCAGGCACCUAAGAAGUUUGCCCCUGUGGUCGCCCCCAAGCCCAAGUUCAACCCUUACAAACAGAUGGGAGAGGCCACACUCUCUGAGCCAGCAGCGGACUACCCUCCCCCUCCACCACCUGUCGAAGAGUCAACCGGCUUCCUGUCAUCCCCUGGUUCCUUCCCUCCUCCACCGCUGGGGAACUCAUACGAUUAUCAGGUGAAAGGCCCAGAAAAGACGCUGGAAGAGAGGCGCUCCAGUCUGGACGCAGAGAUCGACUCCCUCACCAGCAUACUGGCAGACCUGGAGAGCAGCUCGCCCUACAAGCCUCGAAGCACACAAAAUUCUGGAUCCAUGGCACCUUCAGCAGGCUCUUCCCCGAACGCUCCCGUGACAGGUUACAAGCGUAUGGUCAUCCCAACUCAGCCUCCACUGACUGCCACCAAGAAGUCUACGCCCAAACCUCAAGCUCCUGGGGGAGUCUCAUCUACAUCACCUUCUCCUCUAAGUCCUGUGGCCAAGACUCAAACCCACAUGGCUCCUCAGCCGGUUCCAGCCUCCUAUGCUACAGCAUCAACCCCAAGCCAGCCCACCUUCAAUGUCCAAGUGAGGUCGGCUCAGCCUGGACCCCAGCAUCCAGCCCCAGGUGGGCACAAUUUUGGCCAGCAGCCCAUUCGCAGCCCCGCACAGGUGCAGUACAUGCCCGCUCAGCCCAAAGGUCCUGACUUUGCUUAUGGCCCGCCACAGCCUGGCUUCUCCCCAAUGGCACCGGGGCCAUAUCAAGAACAGCAGCAUCCAGGUGCGCCCCAAGUAAGUGGAAUAAACUCUAGAAGACCUCAAGCAGUCCCAGCCCAAGGAUACCAGCCUCCAGGCCCCAAGAAGACCUACAUUACAGAUGUGCCACCCAGCUUGGCUCCAUACACUACUAGUCCAACGAUUCCACCAAAGGGCAGCGCUCCCAUGGCCCACCCUGAAGAUGAGCUGGAACGCCUGACCAAGAAGAUGCUGUACGACAUGGACAACCCUCCGUCUGAGGAAUAUUUUGGGCGCUGCGCCAGCUGUGGAGAGAACGUAGUGGGUGAAGGCACCGGCUGCACUGCCAUGGACCAGGUCUUCCAUGUCGACUGCUUCGUCUGCAUGACUUGCAGCACCAAGCUGCGUGGAAAGCCCUUCUAUGCUGUGGAGAAGAAGGCGUACUGUGAGCCUUGCUAUAUUAACACCCUUGAGACCUGCACCAUCUGCAGUAAGCCCAUCAUGGAGCGCAUCCUGCGAGCUACUGGGAAAGCCUACCACCCUCACUGCUUCACCUGCGUGGUGUGUCACCGCAGCCUGGACGGCAUCCCUUUCACUGUGGACGCUUCCAACCACAUCCACUGCAUCGAGGAUUUUCACAAGAAGUUUGCCCCUCGCUGCUGUGUGUGCUCUGAGCCUAUAAUGCCGGCACCGGGCCAGGAGGAGACCGUUCGUAUUGUGGCCCUGGACCGUGACUUCCAUGUGCAGUGCUACCGCUGUGAGGACUGCGGCUCCCUACUCUCGGAGGGGGAUAACCAGGGCUGCUACCCGCUGGAUGGACACGUGCUCUGCAAAAACUGUAACACCAGCCGCAUCCAGGCCCUCACCGCCAAGGCCACCACUGACCUCUAAACAGCUAAACUGUGAUAACCCGGCCCUCGCUCGCUCUUUUGGUUUCUUGCAAACAUCCACAAAAGCCUGCAUUCCUCAUUUACAUAUAUAUGCCUCUAUAUAAAUGUUCACCUUAAGUAACAAAACAUACUGUGGCAUCACAUUCACACGCUCACAUAUAAUUAUUUACUCGGUACAAUCACUGCAGAAGAGUUUUUCUUAUUUAAAUUUUUUUUCCUGUAGCUUAGCAUAAAGAGAGGAAGACAUGAGAAGCAACUGCUCUUCCUCAGUCUGAAGGUAAAAAAAAAAAAACAAUGUCUUCCAGGAUCUCUAAAGCUCAAUGAAAGAGGGUUUAGUUAUAAUUAUAUUAUAUUGCAUUAUUUUAUUGUAAAAAUGCUAAGCUAGCUGGUUCAUCAUUUAACUCUAAGCCAUAGAGCUUUUAAGCAUUUCCUACAAUUUUUGCACUGCUACUUUAAAUCUAAAUCCGUCUACAAUAUACAUCACCACCCCCUGUUAUCAUCCUAUUAUCAUAUUUAUCACCAGUACAUAUCUUUUAGCCAGGUUGCACGUGCAUGCACGGGCCCAUAAUGUUCCUCUCUGACUUCUUCUUCUAAUCUAAAACAAGAGCAGGACGUGCAAAAUGUUUAACAUGUUUACUGUGCAGGUGAAGUUGUGGAUGGAUGUCAGUGUGUGUGUGUGUGUGUGUGUGAUUGUAGCUUUAGCAGUAUUUUUAGGAAAAAACGUGUUUGGUUUUUUUUCUGCAGCACAAAUCAGAGUACAGUACACAAAAUGGGAUGAAAUUACCCAACGAAGGCUUUCAAAACAGUUCCGCAUAACUCCAAAAAGCAAAUCUAAACUGCCAUGUUUGUAUGUAUUUCCACAUUAUUUAGAGUAAACUGCUCUGUACCGCAGGAAUGAUAAACAGCUAUUUCCGCUGUCGAGAACAAAAAAAACACACCUCCUUUUUAGCACAAUAUUUUCCUUUCAGCUGGAUAUUCUUUCAUGCAUAUGGUUGAUUAUUUUCCCUUUUGGCCUGAGCAGCACAAUCAUAUAAACACAACCUUGUGUUGAGUUUAAUUCUUGUUGUUUUUCAGCCUAUAAUUGUGUAACUUGCCCCUUUUUAACGACCAUAGACGAAAGCAGUGAUUGUUCUUUAAGCAUUCUCACAGAAAUAAAGAAUAUUCCAUGCCUAUGCAAUUUUUAAUGUUAAUUGCAUCGACACUUUAUGAGAAAUUUUAUGAUUUAAGGAAAUAUUUUACAUGUACAGAUGCAAUCAUAAGUGUCCUUAUUGUAACCCUGUAAUCAAACUGUGUGUCUCUGUGCUUUAUGUCAGUGCUGAUUGUUUCAUUAACUCUCAUCUUUUAUAUUUGCUGUUUGUUUCAAAGUUGAUGGACAAAGAAGGGACCGUGAGAGUUUCCCCAAAAUAACUGAUUAUAUUAUUUGCUCGAUCCAAGAGCGAUGGACCAGACGCUUUAGAGCUUAAUCCGAUGGUUCAUUCCGAUGUUACAGCAGUACUAGGUGAGUUUAAGGUACCUUGUGGAGUAUGACUUUACUGUUUAUCACAAAAAAUGACAAUCAAAACACAAAAAAGACAUCAGGCAAAGAAAACGCCUUCAAAAAAAGACCACAAAGAAGCACACAGUGUCUACACCGAGAUACAGAGUGACACAAAACGACUGCAAAGACAAAGAAGACCACAGAGAGGCACACAAUGAUGGCACAGAUAUGCAAACAUUCCAGCAAAAUUAUAUAAGACAAGUAUAAAGACUGUAAAGAGAAAAAAAAUGGUUCGGCUCCAAAGAAAUUGAAAGUAAAAAUUGAAAGUAACUACAAAGAAACUACAUAAACCCUGGAAAAAAAACCUAAAAAUGGUGACAAAAAGCCUUUAAAAAAGACAAGAUAAACAAAAAUUUAAAAAAAAAAAAGAAAAAUGAAAAGAAAAAUGUUUCCCCAUCCAACCAAAAAACUGAAACAUGCAACAUGACAAAACAAGUAAAAAGAAUUUUAAAAAGGCAAAUGGCAACAUGAAGUGAAAAAUUCCAACAAGAAGUAACAAAACAAGUAAAAAGCUGUAACGAGAUGUAGAGUGACGACAAAGUGACAGAAAACAGCUAAAAAGACGAAACGAGAAAAAUCUACAGAGAUGAAAAGACAACGAAGUGAUGUGAGACGACUAUAGUGAGGCACAAAUCAAAUACAAGCAGAUGCACAUGACCACAAACGUAAAAUGACAACAGAGAAAUCCAAAGCGCAGCUCUGCAGCCACAAAAACAGUGAAGAUCACCUACAAGCUAGCAGAACAUGAGGUUCAUACGAACAUUCAGCUGUUUUAUCAGAAGAACAAAAGUGAAACUUUAUGUUGAUUUGUUCUUAGAAAAUCUCCACAUGGUACUUUGAAACUACAAGUAACUGCAAGUUGCAGUGGUUUGCUAGUUUAUUAGCUGGAGCAGUUUGCAGUCAGCCACAUAAACCGAGGCGCAUUAUUCCCGAGGCUCGAUCAGAGCAGUUCAUUCUAACUUUCAUUUCAACAAUUCAUGUAUCUCCUCUUUCCCGUUUUCCUUACACAACAUUUAGUCCUGUUUAUCGCCUCUGGUCUCUAUUUACUGCAUCAGAUGUAAUCAGUGCGUCCUGUUACAGCAGAGUUUCAACCAGGGUAUCGCUUUGUAAAGACGACUGUGCUAAUAAGGUAAACAAAUUCACCAAACCUUUACUGUCACAGAUUUUCUUUUUUUGCUUGUUUAUUCUUUAACUUAAAAAUUGACAAAGCUUUCUAUUUGAAAUGGAGCGGGGUAUUUAAAGUUGAGAAGGUGGAAGCUGGUUAGGCAGUUUACAUUCGGUACUAGCUCACAUGCCUGCAGCACUAACGGAGCGAGGGCUGAUUCUCUAAAAAGGUUAGGCAACAUAAACUUCUCGUCCUCAGGACAUUUUUCAUCAAUAUUUGGAGCGCAUUGCUGUACACAAAAGGUCCAUCGGUCAUAUACAAAACCCCCAAAAUACAGCAUUUUUACAGUUCAGUAAGUAGCGAGUGCACUGCGUCGACUAAAAAUCUGUAAUCUGUCCUAAAGAUCUUUAAAAAUGUCUCCACGGUGUCACAGAACUGUUUAGAACCAACGUCUACAGUCAUCUUGAGCAUCUCAGCUUAAUUAAUUAGGCGGUGAUUAAGAGUGCUAAAGCUGCGACAGUCGGGUCUGUUCUGUCUAGUAACUGGAGAUUUAUUCUCCUGUUUUUUAUUCCUAAUACUUUGGGAAAAAUAUACCAUGGCGAGAGCUCAGAUGGGAUUCGUGCUGCGAUAGCAUGUCACUCUGUGGCCCUUGUUUGGAUAAUCAGGCGGCAAUAUUAAAGAUGCGCUGAGACUUUUACACAUGAAACAGCAGCUGACCUGCAGCAGUGGACGUGGCAGCUGUGCAUUUCUGCCACAGCCUUCUGUUCUGAGUCAGGCUGCAGUUAGUUAAACAUUUCUUUAGUUUCGGCCUCUGUUUGCUGAUUUGCUGUACUUUACUGUAACAGCUGCCACUCAUUCAUAUUUUAGUAAUAUUUGAUAACAGAAAAUACACAUCUAUAAUAAAAUUGGGCUGUGUAGAAAAUAUGAUGCAUGCCUCGACAGCGCUCAGUAAGUGGAUGCUACAGACGUAAACAAAGCCGCCAAAGCAAACUUCCCAGCGUGACAGCAGUUCAGCGCUUCGGUUCAGGAAAAUCAGGAAUUCUUUCAGAUCUUCGGUGCAUGUAGGGGUUGAAGUGACAGUAGAUACCUUCCUGCCACUCCUUCCCUCGCACCGCUGUCACAAAGACUGGAUUGCCCUCCAUUUAAGACUCAUCCACUGUCGCGAAGCUAACGAGUACCUAGGUUUGGUUUGGGUUGGUGGUAUUUCUACUUUGUAAGAAUGCCGCUUUUUAACCUUCUCAAGUUCAAGUUCGCUGUCCAUCGAGUGAGCGGCCGUCCGAGGUUCCCUCUCGCUCCCCCUCGUCGCCUUCUCUGCCUCCGUCGAACAGUGGAGCUCUUGUUUUGCCAGGAGGUUUCCAGAGUUAUUCCAGCUGUUGCACAGACCACCGUGUCAGCUGCUCAUGAAAAUCUGCUGAUGGCUACCAGGAAAACAAAAUUACUGCCGCCCUGUUUUAGUUUAGCACUAUCAAACUUUUGCUUUACCAGGAGAUUUUGUAACCUCUGGCACACAGAAGGAACCAGUCUGCAGUGUUGGUGUUAUUAUUCUACAGCCAUCAAUAAACAUUUACAUCAAAAUUUCUCUAUUGAUGAUCUAAUGAUGUCUUUAACACCUGAUUAAGUAGCGUAAGUGAAAGGUGCAGAUAAUCAACACCAGACUGUGCCGUUCCCUUCAUUUCUUGGAGCAUGUUAGCAUCUUUGGGCUCAUUGUUUUGAGCUGAAGAUGCUAAAAUGCAGUACUUUCAUGUUCUCACCCAGCAGCGCGGUUUCUGUGAAGUAGCUUGGAUAAAAACCAUUUCACUUUUCCAACAAGUCACUCUGGGGCGUCUAGCUGCAAAACACCACAAGACAUCAUUCAGGAAACCAAAACAGCUAAAAGGCAAAUGAAUGUUGGACUUCCAUUUGCCUGGAAUCCGACUCCAAACUGCACUCGUCCAUCACUGCCGUUUGCUAUUUUCCUCAACAGAAGAAGAAGCUUUAUUAUCUAGAGAAGGCCUUUACAUUAAAAGGAUGUAAUGCGCUCACAAAGCAAUAAUCAGAUAAUAUUAAUAGUUAUGAAUGAUUUCAAGUUGGCUUAUUAGCACGUUUUCUGCUCAGCAUACCCUGGUCUGGUCCAUGUGCACUAAUAAAUCUCUGCUGAUGCGCUGAAGCUGUGUCAAACUCAUGUAUUGGUUAUUUUUAUGGAUAGUCUUUGAACAUGUUACGCUUCCUUUCAUUGGAGCACAUAUGAUGCAAAUCCUCUCAUAUGUAGAUAUAAAGAAAUCGGUUUCAUAAGUGAAUUUGUUUGCGUUGUCUGCUGUCGUCGUCGUAGCCCCAUCUGUAAAGUGCCUUUGGCUGAGCAGUAUUGAAUCACCUUACUCUUGCUGUGUAUUUCAUGUUUCCUCUUUCACCUCAAAGAAUUUCACUUCUUUACCUUUUUUUUUUUUUUUUUUUAACCAAAGUAAAUAAAGACGAUCCCCUUUGUAGAUGUCUCCAUCAGGUGCUUAAGGCUGCAGCCGCCGAGCUUUAACUCACCUCGUAUAGCCCGAGCCGCUGUUUUGAGUAAAGCAUCUGUUCUUGAUCUUCUGAAGGGGCUUGAUGUAGUCUUUUUUUUUUUUCUUUCUUCCUUCAAUAAAAGCUUUGCAAUAGCAA